AUGAGUAAAAACUGGACUGAAGCACAGAGUUACUGCAGAAAGAACUACACUGACCUGGUUACCAUUGACAACCCAGAGGAAAUGAACAGAGUGAUUAACAGGGUAAACCUCACUGGUUAUACUGGACCAGCCUGGAUAGGACUGGAGAAGGGAAACUCAUGGAAGUGGCUGUGGUCCCUGGCAGACACACCUUCCUAUAAUGAAAAUGAUAUUGGCUUGUGGGACAAGGCAGCAAAUCAGCCUGAUUGGAUGAUCGGUGGGACUGAAGACUGUGGAAGACUGAAAAACUUGAAAUGGCAUGACUAUCCCUGUAACUCCACAGCAUAUUUCGUUUGUUACAAUGGUACCACAAACCCCUACAUAUUAAUAGAAACAUAUCUGACAUGGAGAGAGGCUCAGAGAUACUGCAGAGAGAAUUACACAGACCUGGCCAGUGUGAGGACCCAGGUUGAUCAACAGCAGAUGAAGUCAUUGGUGUCAAGCACAGUGUGGAUCGGCCUCUUCAGAGACCCUUGGCAGUGGUCAGACCGGAGAAACUCCUCCUUCCGCUACUGGGCACCAGAAAAAUUGAUCCUGGUACAAGAGAACAUGACCUGGAAUGAAGCCCAGAGCUACUGCAGGGAGAACAAUGUGGACCUGGUGUCUGUCUACAGUGAGGAGAUCCAGAACUGGGUGGAGAGGAUGGUUAGAAGUGCCACCAGUUCCCAUGUGUGGUUGGGUCUGCGCUUCUCCUGCAGAUUGAAACUCUGGUUCUGGGUCACCGGAAGCGUGGCCUGCUACCAGAACUGGGUUCCGGGUAACGGGAGUGGAGCUGGACACUGUGGGAACACUGGGGCUGUCCAAUCUGGAGGAGGACAUCAGUGGGUCAGUCUGCCUGAGACUCAGAAGCUCAACUUCAUCUGCUCCAAAUAGGCAGGGAACAAGGAUCGCAUCAACAUCUUGUAGAUCCCAACAGUUACAGACUCUCAUGCUCUCUUUCUCAUCAACUUUGAAGU